AUGGUAUCUGCUGGAGUACCAACACAGACCGCCCUAUCCGAAGCCAAGGAAAACAUUGGACCAGGAACAGACACAACAUCUGCUUCACUGGCACACAUUCUCUAUGCUCUUUCACGGAAUGCAACCUACCAGAACAAACUCUAUCAAGAUCUCAAAAGUCUUGGGUUCCCCACAGAUAUGAGUGCGUUAGAAAACGUUUCUCGGUUGAAAGCCUGUGUGAAAGAAGGUAUUCGUUGGGCUGGGGCUGCGGCUGCGAUGCUGCCCCGUGUCGUUCCUCAAGGCGGGGUCGAGUUAUGUGGGAAGUUCAUCCCCGAAGGAGUAGGUUUCCGAGUAGACUUUACAAUUCUUGUGACUGUCAUUACCUCUUCCCCGAUAUGGUAUCUUAGAGACAAGUAUGCUUAUCCGAAUCCUGAGCUCUUCGACCCAUAUCGCUGGAUCGACGAGAACGGUACAGUCACUACCAAUAAUGCACUGCGGGACAGAUUCUACAUUCCAUUCUCCAAAGGAUCUAAUGUUUGCAUUGGCAAUCAGUAG